GCCCCGUGGCCAGCAGCCCUGGGAUGCGUUAGGCGGCGGAUCGCAGCGGGAAUAUUUCUCCCGGGAGAAGGAAGGAGAGCGGCAGGAAAAGCGGAUUUAAAGAGCAUCUUUGCCCCUUUGUUGGAUGAGAAGGACGGGGAAGGAGCGGCAGGAUGAGCACUAGCAUUCCCUACCAGCAGAACCCCUACACCCCUGGGAGCAGCUCCUCUGCCAUCCAGUGCUACCGCUGUGGGGACACCUGCAAGGGCGAGGUCGUGCGUGUGCAGAGCAACCACUUCCACAUCCGCUGCUUCACCUGCCAAGUGUGCGGCUGCGACCUGGCCCAGUCGGGUUUUUUCUUCAAGAACCAGGAGUACAUCUGCACCCACGACUACCAGCAGCUCUACGGGACCCGCUGUGACAGCUGUGGGGACUUCAUCACCGGAGAGGUCAUCUCUGCCCUGGGCAGGACCUACCACCCCAAGUGCUUUGUCUGCAGCACCUGCAGGAAGCCGUUCCCCAUCGGAGACAAGGUCACGUUCAGCGGGAAGGACUGCGUCUGCCAAAACUGCUCCCAGUCCCUGCUCAGCACCAAACCCAUCAAGAUCCACGGGCCCAGCCACUGUGCCGGCUGCAAGGAGGAGAUCAAGCAGGGCCAGUCGCUGCUGGCCCUGGAGAAGCAGUGGCACGUCAGCUGCUUCAAGUGCCAAACGUGCGGGAUCAUCCUCACGGGCGAGUACAUCAGCAAGGAUGGCAUCCCCUACUGUGAGUCCGACUACCACGCCCAGUUCGGCAUCAAGUGCGAGACCUGUGACCGCUACAUCAGCGGCCGUGUCCUGGAGGCAGGAGGGAAGCACUACCACCCCACCUGUGCCAGAUGUGUGCGCUGCCACCAGAUGUUCACAGAGGGAGAGGAGAUGUACCUGACAGGCUCUGAGGUGUGGCACCCCAUCUGCAAGCAGGCAGCCAGAGCAGAGAAGAAGCUGAAGCACAGGAGGACGUCAGAAACCUCCAUCUCCCCCCCUGGCUCCAGCAUUGGCUCCCCAAACCGUGUCAUCUGCGCUAAAGUGGAUAAUGAGAUCCUUAAUUACAAAGACCUGGCAGCUCUUCCCAAGAUUAAAGCCAUCUAUGAAGUGCAGCGUCCUGACCUCAUUUCCUACGAGCCCUAUCACAGAUACACGUCGGAUGAGACGCUGGAGAGAUAUAGCUAUGGGGAGUCCCUGGGGACCCUCUCCCCAUACUCACAGGACAUCUACGAGAGCUUUGACACGCGGCAGAGACGAGCCUCCAGCCCUGGCUACAUCGACUCCCCCACCUACAGCCGCCAGGGCAUGUCCCCCACCAUCCCCAGGUCCCCCCACCAUUUCUACCGCUCAGGCACCGAGAGCGGGCGCAGCUCGCCCUACUAUAGCCAGUUAGAUGUGAGGUCCUCCACUCCAACCUCAUACCAAGCGCCCAAGCAUUUCCACAUCCCAGCUGCUGGCGAGAGUAACAUCUACAGGAAGCCUCCCAUCUACAAACGCCACGACAACCCCUCUGCAGCCACGAAAAGCAAAACCAGCGAGGACAUCUCUCAGUCGUCCAAGUACAGCCCUGCCUACUCCCCAGAUCCCUACUACCACUCUGAGUCAGAAUAUUGGUCCUUCCAAGGCUCACCCAAAGCUCCCCGGGCCCGCAGGUUCUCCUCAGGUGGCGAGGAGGAUGGCUACGACCGGGGCAUGCACAAGAUCCAGACUGGCAUCGGGAGGCUGAUCCUGAGGGAGGAGAUGAAGGCUCGGUCCAACUCCUACGCAGACCCCUGGACACCCCCUCGCAGCUCGGCCAGCAGCAGGGAGGCCCUGCACACCCUGGGCUACGAGGGCUCCCUCAAUGGCUCUCCCCGAACCCACUACCUGGCUGACAGCGAUCCCCUCAUUUCGAAGUCGGCCUCCCUUCCUGCCUACAGGAGGAACGGGCUGCACAGGCCUCCCAGCGCUGAGCUCUUCCACUACGACAGCACGAACGCCGUCAACUGGGGGAUGCGAGAGUACAAGAUUUACCCCUACGAGCUGCUGCUGGUGAAGACGAGGGGGAGGAACCAGCUGCCCAAAGACGUGGACAGGACUCGGUUAGAGAGACACCUGUCCCAGGAGGAAUUCUACCAGAUCUUCGGGAUGACCAUCGCCGAGUUCGACCGCCUGGCGCUGUGGAAGAGGAACGAGCUGAAGAAGCAGGCCCGGCUGUUUUAAAUGCAGUGCACUAUAAAUAUAUACAUACCUAUAAAUAUAUACAUAGAGAGAUCUCUA